GUGCGUGAUGACGUAAGCGUAGCGGAUACACGACAAACGCAGGUCCCGUUACAGUGAGGCUGAGGUCUCCCGAAACAUGUCGCUUUUCCCCGUAGUUCUGCAGGACGGGGCGCUGCCUGUGACUUAAACCGAGCCCGCUCACCCCUCCGCCGCGGCUCUACAGCGGAACAACCCCCCGGACAGCGCUGCGUCCGGUGCAUCCAGCCGAAGAUGGCGGAGUUCUCGCCCGUGCUGUCGAUGCGGGAUGGGGGAGCGGGGGGAGGAGGAGGACGUUUCGGGCAGCCCAUCUUCCCUCGCUCCAGGUCCGGGUCCGAGUCAGAGAGCGAGCUAUCCCAGAGCUUAGCCCGGACCAAGAUCCGCUCGUACGGAAGCACCGCCAGCGUGUCGGCCUCUCUGGGGGAGAAGUACAUAGAGCAUCGGGUUACGGAUAGUGACACGCUGCAAGGGAUAGCUCUCAAAUACGGGGUUACGAUGGAGCAAAUCAAACGCGCCAACAAGCUUUUCAAUAACGACUGUAUUUUCCUCAAGAGCAUCCUCAACAUCCCCGUGCUCACUCAAAAACGCUUCAUUUUUAACGGACUCUCUCUCGAAUCCCCCGAUAACGACUCUGCCGGCCAGGACUUGGACUCGCCCUGUGUCGCGACACAGGACAUCGAGGAACCUUCUCCACCCCCCUCCCCGCCUCCCGAGGACCCACGACCGAGCCAGAACCAGCCCACGUCCCAACAACAGAAACCAGAGGAGGUGUCGGCCAAAGACUUCUUACAAAGGCUGGACUUGCAGAUUAAACAGUCAAAGCAGGCAGCGCAGAAGCUCAAAGAAGAGGAGACGAGGAGCGGUGAGGACUACACAGCCCCAAAGUCGUCAUACCAAGAAAUCUGAAAAACUUUUACUGUUUACUCACUGAAACCGCUCACGCUCUCAUUUCGUUCAAGAGUUUUUAAGCUUUUACCAAGAAAUAAAGUGUUAUUUUUGCCUUUUAUUUAUUCAUACGUAAAUGGUUGUCAUGGUUUUGUACGUUUCAAUUGUCAUGUAAAGUCCCAAACUAUUCAAAUGAAGCCAUUUCCAGAAUAUUAACCUAACUGCUGGUGAUAUAAAACAUAUUGCAGUGCUACUAUCGAAAUCAUCUCUAUUGUUUUGAUUUGGACAGAUUAUUUUUUUAAUCAUUGCAUUGUUGAAACUGAACCAUAUUGUGUUGAAAUCUUUUAGCAUUCAUUUUUAGUUCCAGGGAAAGAAUCCAUUUGGGCUUAACUCUUAACCAUACAGUAAAGAUCUAUCUACUUGGUGUAGGCAUUUCAACAGCGUUAGCUUGUUAGCCUGACGCACUAAUGAACCUGUUCUAGAUUAGCAUCACUGGACAAUAACCAAGCUCUUUUGUCAUGGUUUUUAUUGUAGAAUUCAAACACACAGGAGAUGCUCUAAGAAGGGACUGCUCUAUUUUUGAAGUGUGAAUGUUUUAUUUAUGUGAGCUACCUGCUGUUUGUGCUUCAACUUUGGUUUUAUUUGUUUAUGAAUAAAUAUCUAUUGAACCCA